AUGGCUGCGCUACCAAGAAGAAUUAUCAAAGAAACACAGAGACUAAUGCAAGAGCCAGUUCCUGGUAUCAGUGCUGUGCCAGAUGAUACAAAUGCUAGGUAUUUUCAUGUAAUUGUAACUGGACCUGAAGAUUCGCCGUUUGAAGGUGGACUUUUUAAACUUGAGUUGUUCCUACCAGAAGACUAUCCAAUGUCUGCUCCUAAAGUUAGAUUCAUUACAAAAAUUUAUCAUCCAAAUAUAGACAGAUUGGGCAGGAUUUGUUUGGAUAUUCUUAAAGAUAAGUGGAGUCCUGCUCUUCAAAUCAGAACAGUUUUAUUAUCAAUACAAGCACUUUUAAGUGCACCAAAUCCGGAUGAUCCUUUGGCAAAUGAUGUAGCUGAACUCUGGAAAGUAAACGAAAGCGAAGCAAUACGCAAUGCCAAAGAAUGGACUCGGAGAUAUGCUAUGGACAACUGA